AUGGAUUACAGCCAUGAAACCGAGAGAAAGAGUACACUAAUACCGGACUCACUUUACAUCGACAGAACAGAUCAUCAACAUGAAAUCAUGGAUUACAGUAAUGAACCGGAGAGGAAGAGUACACCACUACCAGACUCGCUUUACAUGGACAGAACAGAAUAUCCACAGGAAACCAUGGAUUACAGUCAUGAACCAGAGAGAAAGAGUACACCACUACCAGACUUGCUUUACAUCGACAGAACAGAAUAUCCACAGGAAACCAUGGAUUACAGUCAUGAACCGGAGAGGAAGAGUACACCACUACUAGACUCACUUUACAUCGACAGAACAGAAUAUCCACAGGAAACCAUGGAUUACAGUCAUGAACCGGAGAGGAAAAUUACACCACUACCAGACUCGAUUUACAUCGACAGAACAGAAUAUCCACAGGAAACCAUGGAUUACAGUCAUGAACCAGAGAGAAAGAGUACACCACUACCAGACUUGCUUUACAUCGACAGAACAGAAUAUCCACAGGAAACCAUGGAUUACAGUCAUGAACCGGAGAGGAAGAGUACACCACUACUAGACUCACUUUACAUCGACAGAACAGAAUAUCCACAGGAAACCAUGGAUUACAGUCAUGAACCGGAGAGGAAAAUUACACCACUACCAGACUCGAUUUACAUCGACAGAACAGAAUAUCCACAGGAAACCAUGGAUUACAGUCAUGAACCAGAGAGAAAGAGUACACCACUACCAGACUCGAUUUACAUCCACAGAACAGAAUAUCCACAGGAAACCAUGGAUUACAGUUAUGAACCGGAAAGGAAGAGUACACCACUACCAGACUCGCUUUACAUCGACAAAACAGAAUAUCCACAGGAAACCAUGGAUUACAGUCAUUAA